AUGACAACAAUAAUUUUUGCUCUCACACUGGCAAAGUUCCAACGUUAUGUCCGAAUCGAUGCGGCAGCUCGGCGAAAGAAGAACCGGGCCAAGUACGAACAGAGAAAGGAAGAGAUUGAAAAGAACCUUACUGCUGUAGAACCCUUACCCCCAGUGGAUAAUCUCAAUCAUAUACCCUUAUACCCUGCCGGAGUAAUGCGAUAUGUUCACUCCACUCCAAAACUGUCAGAAAUUCAGCCAGCGAAAAAUCCUGGAGAGAAAGGAGUAGAACAAAAAUGGAAAGAAAUCGAAGAGACUCCAAAAGUUAGAGACAAAAGCGACUUCGUUGAGGUUUUAGAAUCUCCUGUAGCAAGGAGGAAGAGUGCUAGGAGGAAAGGAAAGAAAAAGAAAACAAUUGCAAAGGAUCAUCCUACGGAAAAUAGCCGAAACCGGAAACUCGAAGACAGUGACACAAACGAAAUGCUCUUGGUUACUAGUACAUUGAUAAAGCACUUAUGA